AUGGACAGCAGUAAUUGCAAAGUCAUUGCUCCUCUCCUAAGUCAAAGAUACCGGAGGAUGGUCACCAAGGAUGGCCACAGCACACUUCAAAUGGAUGGCGCUCAAAGAGGUCUUGCGUAUCUUCGAGAUGCUUGGGGAAUCCUAAUGGACAUGCGCUGGCGUUGGAUGAUAUUGGUCUUUUCUGCUUCUUUUGUUGUCCACUGGCUUGUCUUUGCAGUGCUCUGGUAUGUUCUAGCUGAGAUGAAUGGUGAUCUGGAACUAGAUCAUGAUGCCCCACCUGAAAACCACACUAUCUGUGUCAAGUACAUCACCAGUUUCACAGCUGCAUUCUCCUUCUCCCUGGAGACACAACUCACAAUUGGUUAUGGUACCAUGUUCCCCAGUGGUGACUGUCCAAGUGCAAUCGCCUUACUUGCCAUACAAAUGCUCCUCGGCCUCAUGCUAGAGGCUUUUAUCACAGGUGCCUUUGUGGCGAAGAUUGCCCGGCCAAAAAAUCGAGCUUUCUCAAUUCGUUUUACUGACAUAGCAGUAGUAGCUCACAUAGAUGGCAAACCUAAUCUUGUCUUCCAAGUGGCCAAUACCCGACCUAGCCCUCUAACCAGUGUCCGGGUCUCAGCUGUGCUCUAUCAGGAAAGAGAAAAUGGCAAACUCUACCAGACCAGUGUGGAUUUCCACCUUGAUGGCAUCAGUUCUGAGGAAUGUCCGUUCUUUAUCUUUCCACUAACCUACUAUCACUCCAUUACACCGUCGAGUCCUCUGGCUACUCUGCUCCAGCAUGAAAAUCCUUCCCACUUUGAAUUAGUUGUAUUCCUUUCAGCAAUGCAGGAGGGCACUGGAGAAAUUUGCCAGAGGAGGACAUCCUACCUACCCUCUGAGAUCAUGUUACAUCAUUGUUUUGCAUCUCUGUUGACCCGAGGUUCCAAAGGUGAAUAUCAAAUCAAGAUGGAGAAUUUUGACAAGACUGUCCCUGAAUUUCCAACUCCUCUGCUUUCUAAAAGCCCCAACAGGACUGACCUGGAUAUCCGCAUCAAUGGACAAAGCAUUGACAAUUUCCAGAUCUCUGAAACAGGACUGACAGAGUAAGACUUAUCCAUGGCUCCCUAUUUUUUAAUGUAUUAAAUACACCCAGCCAGUUAUGCAGCUACUUCUUAUUCACUGUAUCUCAUGUUUUCUUUUUUCAAUGCUAAUUACAGCUCUCUGAUUAUAUCAUGGUAACCAUGCCUAUACACCCACAUAAAAAUGGCUGAGCUAACAAUAUACAGUCUGGAAACAUAACACUCUACCUUACAAAGUUUGUUACCGGCUGAAAUCAAUGUAACUCAACUUGUCAGACCCUUAUACAGAAAUGCUGCUGGUGAAUUUGUAAGAAUGUGGUAGGAUACCAGUAACGAAGGCAAAAUGGACAAUCAAGUGUAACACAACCGAACUCAGAAAAAUCAACCAUUAACUUCUCAUUUCAUCUGCAAACUGAAGCAAUAGUUUAGUUUCAAACCUAGCUCCCUGGAUGAAAUGACAACUUCACAAUACUUAGUGAACAUCCUUUAAAAGCUGGGAUUUUUUUAAAGAAAACAAAGAUCAUUCAUUUGGUUCUUUAUACUAUGAAACUUGAGUAAGUAUUACCUCCUUAAUUUUUAACAACUAAGAACAAAAAUGAAUGAGAAAAACAUCAGAGUACAGAUUUAUAUAUAAAUCUAAAAGCAUUUAAACAUGACAGCCAAACACAUACAUAUGUUCAUAUAUUUGCAGCAGAAGGUGAUCAGAUAAGACAAGCUCCACGCCAAAUGGAACCUGCAGGGUAGUAUUUUGUAUUGCAAGGAGAUGCAAAAUUUACUUUAAAAUUUUUCUCCAUAAUAAUCAAAUAGUGGUUUUCUAAAUGACUUCUAGCAACCUAAGUAAAAACAUUCCCCUCCAAUGUAUGAUUCAUUUGAUCAUAUAAAUCAUCAUGAUGGCUCUAAAUAAUUCAUAAAUACAAAAAUAUAUUUAAGUCUUUAUAGAUAUAAAGCUUUGUUAGACAUAACUUGCGUAGGGAAAAAAAUCUACAAUAGAUAAAGCAAAAGAUAAUUAGGCAACAGAGCAUUUUCAAACCCAAAUUCCUGUUUCCAACUUCAAAUAGUUUUUUCUAUAAACACAAAAUGAGUGUUUAUUCACCAGUAGGAGGCUGGACUAGAUGAACUCUAUUAUUUCUUUCCAAAUCUAAUACUCCAUAAAAAGUAUGCUUCCUCUGUUUCAUUUUUAUCUUUUCUAUGCUAAAAUGAACCCUUUUCCUUAUGUCUAGUUUAAGAUGACCAUUUGCAUGAUUUUCAUUUCAAUUAAAAAAAAAAAAAAGAGAAACCGUCCUUAAGCGAAACAAUAACCAAAAAAGUCACCCUAUCAGGUUUUAAACAGAUUUGUGGCUGUUCUUUUCUGAAAUUUCCCUUAUUCAGGUUUCUGUGGGAAAAAUGAAAGAUUUACCUUCCCCACUGGUGAUGACCUAGGCAGGAAUCAUCUCUUGAAAUAAAUACUAGCUGAGUAAAGGCAAGCAGGUGUGAAGAGCAGGGCACAGCAGCAAGUCACAUUUUUCUACUAUUUGAGCAAAAGGAAAAGAAAAUAAAGAAGAACUCUGGAGUGGUUUAAGACUGAUAAUAGUAGAAGAAUAUCAAGAACACAGAAACUUAAUUAUUGUGAACUUUUGCUGUUUGAAAAUCUUAAACAUUCAUUCUUAAGUAGUAAUUAGACCAACAGAUUUUCCCAACCCAAGACUACAGUAACACAGAAAGACAGCAACAAUUCUUAUUUCUAUUAUCAACAAGAUUCACCUAACCUGUGAAAAUAAAGUAGUAUUGAAGACUUA